AUGGAGGGAAACCAGACGCUGAGCUUUCAGCCUUUGCCACGUUCCAUGGGUUGCAGCAACAGCCGCGAGAUUGAGAAGAUCCACGAGCAACUGGAUGCCGAAGAUGCUGCACGCAGUCCGGUGAGAACCCUCCAACGAGGGGCCAAGCCUCAGCCCGAAACCACUCCCCUUCCGGGUGAAGCAGUCGCAGGAAAGGAGGAUCCAAAAGACAAAGGAGAAGAGGCAGAGAUCUUUGAGGCUGAGGUGAAGAAAGAUGGUCCCAAGAAAGAGGAGGAUUGGGUGGAGCAGGAUCAAGUGCCCAAGAAAAAACGGAUGGAGGAAAUUGAGACUGCUCAGAUCAAGGAUCAGCUCGCGGAGGUUGGUGAUACCGUGGCGAUCGAAGAAGAUUCUAAACAAGGGAGUGAGACUGCCAAGGUUGAAGAGGAUCCAAAGCCAGAGAAGGAAAAUGAGACAGAACAGAUUGAAGAAGAGGUGCUUGCUGUGGAUUGGUUUGAGUCCGCACGCCUUGGCCAUGUUCCAACCAUGAAGCAGCACCUGAAAAAGGCCGAGGAUGACCAAGUAGAGCACUUUCUAGAUUCUGAAGCUGAGGAGCGCCAAACGGCGCUCCAUUUUACCGCGCAACGUGGUCACUUUGCGGCAUGUGAAUGGCUUCUGAGUAUGAAAGCAGAUGCCGGAGCCAUCACCAAGAAGAAGGCAACAGCGCUUCACAUGGCUGCCUCCUUUGGGCACCUGAAGGUGGUGGAGCUGCUGGUGGAUGACCCACAGCUUUGCAGCGUCGCUGCCGCCGAUCUGUGGCGCUGUACACCGCUGCACCGUGCGGCGGAGGGGGGGUUCAGUGACGUGGCGUUGGUGUUGUUGAAGAAAGCAGCGGAUCCACAGAAGGCGGACCGUGAUGGGAACUCUCCACUCCAUUUUGCUUCGACGUCAGGCUGCCAAGAAUUGGUGGAAGAGCUUCUAAAGCGCCAGGUGCCCCUGAACUUUGCGAACAACGAUGGCUUUUCUCCUCUAGACCUUUGCGUCCGCAAACGUACCUCGGCGGUCGGGGAUUUACUGGUGGCAGCUGGAGCGAAAUUGGUCAAGGAAUUGAAACCAACACCUCCGACACUGCUCUCUGCUGCUGCGUCAGGUCUUCCAUUCCUGUGCAGCUAUGUCUUGAAGUCAGAUGAUCGGCUUGUGAAGAAGGAAAUUGUGGAUACUGACGAUCAAGAUCGUACCCCGCUUCUUGUGGCGGUGAGCAAUGGAAACAAAGAGGUCGUGAAGCGUUUGUUGGGUCAUCCACUUGGAGCAGCUCAUUUGGAGCGACAUAGCUCUUGCGGCCUGGCACCCUUGCAUGAAGCAGCGCGCUCAGGGCAACUGUCCAUGUUACAGAUGCUUCUAGAGCACAAGGCUCAUGUGGAGCACGUGGACGCACAAGGCAGUUCUGCCCUCUUUCAUGCAGCCAUGGCGAAUCAGCUUGAGGUGGCCAAUUGGCUCCUGAGUCAAGGCCUUCGACCCGAGCAAUGCAAUGACCGUGAGCGAACAGCUCUGCAUGCUGCUGCAUCUUCCGGAGAACUUGAAGCCUGUCAAUUCUUGCUUCGGAACGCCGAGGACCCCAAGGAGUUGCUCACGCGACAAGAUUGGGAAGGCGCUACUGCUGUGCAUUUGGCAAUCAAAGGCGGCCAUGCGAAGCUCUGUCGCUUUCUGGCGGGACAAAAUGCAAACCUGCAGGAGUGCCUUGAUUUCGGAGUCACACCUCUACAACUCGCAGCGGACCUGGGACAUGAGGAGGUCUUGCAACUCUUACUUGACGACUUAGUGACGCCCCAGGCGCUGGAACGAGCGUUUCAAGGACGCCAGGGGGAUGGGUGCACCGCUUGGUUGGCCGCCUGUGGUCAUGGCCACCGACGUUGUGCAGAACACCUGCGCAGCGCUGCUGGGGCCAAAGGCCUGAAUUUGGGAGGAAUGAAGGACCGCACAGGGCGCAAGGCGAUGAUUCUGGCCGCCAGAGGUGGACAUUUAGAGCUCUGCAAAUGGCUUUUGGACAUUGGCCUUGGGCAGGUGAGUGAACGUGACAGCUGUCAAUGGACCCCACUCCAUGCGGGGGCUGCUGAAGGACACCGUGAUUUGGUGGAGUGGCUGCUGAAGCAGGGUGCUGAUGCCAGCGCUUUGGAUGAGGACGGCCACACACCGCACAGCUUGGCACGGCGCCGAGGAUUUGCACCGGUGGAGGCGCUCCUGCGCCGCCACAUGGCACAAGUUUCUGUCCAGACUCUGGGAGUACAUAAUCAGCGCCGCUGGAAGGUUCGUGUGGAGCUGAAUCUGGCAGAGAGGACCAGCCCUCCUGACUUCAGUCCUGAGGCGCUCUCUGCGCCCGAAAGCCGGGUGGCCGACGUUGCGUGUGGCGCCUUCUUCUUUACACCAAAGAAGACGGGGACCUCCUUCCGCGCAGAUGCGCCGGUCUUUGUUCCGCGUGACAUGGUGCGGGGGCACAUUGUGCGGUCCGCAGAGUUCGAGACCCCGACGAAGGAGGCGCCCGACAGCUUUGUGGCAGUGCGAUCCAGGAUGUUGGGCGCCCUGCUGAUUCUCAACGAUGUGGAUGUGAAUGGCAACAAAUCCGCUGCGUAUGCGGCAGCUGCUCGAGGCCUGAUCCCAGCACAGAGUGACACAGCUUGCCGUGCUGGGCAUGGAACCAUGGAGCAGAUUCGGUCGUCGUCAAUUCGUCCGGUCGUCGCCGAUGUGCUGCAUCGCAUGGAUGUGGUGCAUCACACCCAACACAGAGGACAUGGGCAGGGCCCAGAGCUGAAGCUCCUGAAGACCGCCAAGCGUUCUCAGGCUCCGAGCGCCUUGGAGGAGCUGGAGAAACAUGUCCAACUGAAUGACUUCGAAAUGCGCCUGGGCAACGGGGUCCGCACCUUGGGCUGUGGAUCCUUUGGACGUGUGCGAUUUGCCAAGUACAAGCCGGAGCGGCCGGGUCGCGGCCGGGUUCCUUUUGUCCGGGUCGAAUUGAUUAAUGGGGUCGACGUGUUUUCCGAGGACGGCAAGUACUAUGCAGUGAAGUUCAUGAAGAAGCAUGAGAUCAUCAAGCUCAAACAGGUGGACCACAUCAACAAUGAGAAGAGGCUAAUGGCGCAGAUCUCCUACCCCUUUAUCGUGAACAUGAUGGGCUACGCCAAGGACUUGCUUUGGGGGGAGUGGACUGAGACGAGCACUUCGUCUACAUUGCCGGAACGCCUGGAGCCGGCUUCCACCGGCGGAGAAGCGACGGGUUCAGAGAAGGAUCCCAGAUCAUGGAAUGCAUCAGUGGCGGAGAGCUCUUCACUCAUUUGCGUCGUGCGCCUUGGCAACGAUGCUCGGAAGUUUUCGGAUGAGCAAUCGAAGUUCUACGGCUUGCAGACUGCUGCUGCCUUUGCUCACAUCCACGGCCGGGGCCCCAAGACGAGCAAGAACAUCAUCCACCGGGACCUGAAGCCGGAAAACAUCCUUCUCUGUCCCAACGGCUACUCGAAGCUCACGGAUUUCGGCUUCGCCAAGAUCGUGGAGCCAGGCCGACGCCGGGAAGAGUUUGACGGUCGUACGCGCACCUACACGCUCUGUGGCACUCCAGAGUACAUUGCGCCAGAGGUCUUGCUGAACAAGGGACAUGGCAAGCCAGUGGAUUGGUGGACCUUAGGUAUCCUGAUCUAUGAGAUGAUUUGUGGGCAGCCACCGUUCUGUGACGAGGAUCCCAUGGGCAUCUACCAGAAAAUCUUGGCCGGCAAGGUGUACUUCCCCAAGUACUUUGACAAGAAUGCCAAGUCGCUGGUCAGCUGCCUCAGCGAUGCCACCGGUGACCUCCCGGGCGUGAAGAAGCUCCUGGUGGCGGAUUUGUCCAAGCGCUUCGGAAACCUCAAGGAUGGAGCUGCUGACAUUCUUCAGAACAAGUGGUUUUCGACCUACGAGCUCCCGAAGCUCGAAGCCCUGGAGUAUCCAGCACCCUACAAGCCUGCCAUGAAGGACGAAAACGACAUCUCCAACUUCGAGGAGCCAAGGGCCCCAGGUAGUGGGGCCUAG